GGCUCGGAUGUUCCUGGUCAUGACUAUAGCCCGAGGGAUCGUCGUGCUUAACAGCUAUGGCGCUUGUGGAAGCGGAUAUUCUACGAAGAGGUCAUGGCUAGGGUGAUGAUGUAUAAAUACGCCAUGGAUAGUCCACAACAUCAAAGGUAGGAAGCGGAGGUAAGCCAUCCCGAGGAAGCGAAUCCUAGGCGUGAUCCAUCUGUUCAAAUUUAUAUUUCUUAGGCAUCGGCCUAAGCACUUAUGCUUCUUGAUCACGAACUUAGUGCAGACCUGUCCCUUUCUGAAGUGUGUGGUGUCUGUUGAAUCUGGGCUUCCGGGCUCCUGAUAACUUCUCUGUUUGCGAUCGUUAUCACUCCAUAGCAUUGCUACUAUAUUUCCCCCCCCCCCCUUCCCUGUUUUACUCCACCAUGAAUCCCCUUCUGAAAACCAUUCUGCUCGUGGCCCUGACGGCCAGAAGUGGCAGCGUGGGCGCUGUUGCUGCCGACUUGACUACCUACGUGUCUCCCAGCACUGGCGAGGCUGGCGGCGGCAAUACGUUCCCAGGAGUGACCUGGCCCCUUGGCGUGGUGAAGCUGGGGCCAGACCUGUAUGAUGGUUCAGACUCCUAUUCGGGCUACGAUGACGACGGCAACUUCACCGGCUUCAGCAUGCUUCACGAGAGCGGAACAGGAGGCGCGCCCAAGUACGGCGUGGUGUCGCAGAUGCCCGUGCUGGGCAACAUCGCGAACCCGCUGGCAGACCACAACGACACGAGGGCCCAGCCUGAUGUGGCCGAGGUAGGGUACUACGAGGCGUUCCUGGGCUCUGGCAUUACUGUCGAGCUGGGCGGCACAGAGAGGGCUGGGUUCUACCAGUACACCUUUCCCGACACAAACCAGACCAAGAAUAUUAUUGUGGAUGUCUCUCAUGUCCUGUCUAGCUACCGGGGCCUGGGUCUUCAGCAGUCCUAUUUGGGCGGCAAUAUUCAGGUGGUCGAUGGGAACUCGAGUGAUGGCUAUUAUCAAGGCUAUGGCUCGUACAAUAAUGGCUGGAAUCUUGCACCAUUAUGGACCGUCUAUUUCUGUGGUUACUUUGAUACAACCCCCUCAACAUACGCCACAUUUCUGGGCAAUGGCAACACCAACGACACACUGGUGGCGUAUCCUGCAGGAGACGAAGUGACGUCGACCUCACGCCUCGGCGUCCUGUACACCUUCGACACCACCAAUGUGACGUCCAGGGUAGGCGUGUCGUUCAUCUCGACGGAGCAGGCGUGUGCAAACGUCAACUCGCAGAUCCCCGCGGGCACGGCGCUCGACACGCUCACGCAGCAGACCAAGGACGCUUGGAACAGCCAGAUCCUGUCCAAGAUCACGACGACGGACACCAACACGACCAACCUGGAGCUGCUGUACACGUCUCUCUAUCAUAUGAACAUCAUUCCCACCAACAAGACGGGCGAGAACCCCCUAUGGGAAUCUACUGAGCCGUACUACGAUGACAUCUUUACACUUUGGGACCUUUUCCGCUGCGGCACCGCCCUCUUCCACAUCAUCAACCCAGAGUCCUACGAGGAAUACAUCCGCUCCCUGAUCGACAUCUGGCGCCACGUAGGCUUCAUGCCCGACGCCCGCUCCUCUUUCUGGAACGGGGCCACCCAGGGCGGCUCCAACUGCGACAACGUCCUGGCCGAUGCCUACGUCAAGGGCGUCCGCGGCGACAUCGACUGGGAAGAUGGCCUGUCCGCCAUGCUGACCGAUGCCGAGGUCGUCCCGCCCAACAACGACGACCCGCGCGACCCUUCGGGCUCGACUGCAGAGGGCCGCGGCGCCCUGCCCGACUGGCUCGAGUAUGGCUACAUCACGCCUACUUUUGGCCGUUCUGUGAGCCGCGCCGUCGAGUACUCGGUCAAUGACUUUGCCGUGUACCAGGUCGCCAGCGGGCUCGGCCUGGACAAUGCCACCACGUACCUGAACCGCAGCCGCAACUGGAGGAACCACUGGAACCCGGACGUCGAGUCUCUGGGCUUCUAUGGUUUCGUCAUGCCUCGUGACACGAGCGGAUUUAUUGCCAAUGAUCCUCUCACCUGCGGCGGGUGCUACUGGGCCGACUACUACUACGAGGCUCUUCCCUGGGAAUACUCCUGGAAUGCCCACCACGACAUCGACACCCUGAUGAGCUACAUAGGCGGCCAAGACACCUUCCUCGCCCGCCUGGAGAUGAUGUUCACCCCCGGCGCCUAUCCAUCCGGCGCCUUUGACGAGAUGAUCUUCAACCCAGGCAACGAGCCCUCCUUCACCACCCCGUACCUCUUCAACUUCAUCAACCGCCAGGACCUCACCGUCCUGUACACCCGCCGCUUCGCCCAGGCCUUCUACAGCCUGGGGCCCGACGGCCUCCCCGGCAACUCGGACGCCGGCGCCAUGGAGACCUGGCUCCUGUGGGUCAUGAUCGGCCUGUAUCCCAUGACGGGCCAGACCACCUUCCUGAUCGGCAGCCCGUGGUUCACCGACCUGACCAUCGACCUGGGCACCGGGAGCACGCUGCAGAUCACCACCACGGGCGGCUCCGAGGACAGCUACUACGUCCAGAGCCUCCAGGUCAACGGCCAGGCCUGGAACCAGACGUGGGUCACGUGGGACGACAUCUUUGCCAGCGGUGGCACGCUGGACUUUGUCCUUGGGCCUGAGCCUGCCAACUGGACGACAGGACCGCCGCCGCCUAGCCCGGCAACGGAGACCACGGCCCAGCGCAGGCGAUGAGGUUUUGGAGGCCUGUGGUAUUUUGAAUAGUAUUGUCAAGUGUGUGGCCCAUGCAUAGCAUCUUCGGUCUCACAUAGCAGAGUCGAAGAGCGGCGGAGGGUAGUCAACUUUGUCUAUAAUGAAUAUAAGUAAUCUCACACUUC